AAUAAUUUUUAUUCAGUCCUGUGUAGUUUUUUUCCUCAAGAGUGUAAAAAGUUGAAAUUAUUAAAAUUUUAACCACCUAAACAGGUGCAGGAUCUUCAAAAAUGGUUCACAUCAAUCAACAUAGCGAUUGGGUUUGGGUUAAACCCUCAUCCAGUGGGGAAUUCAAAAUCCCCGUGGGAUGCAAAGUUGUUAAGACAGAUCGAGGACGAACACUUGUUUGUGACGAUGAUGGUCAGGAGUAUUGGAUCCCAUCUGACCAGAUACUCAAAGGGAUGCACUCAACAUCACAAAAUGGAGUGGAGGACAUGAUAACGUUGGGAGAUCUCCAAGAACAUGCCAUCUUACGUAAUUUGCACGUUCGCUACAAGAAGCAUGAUAUCUACACCUAUAUUGGGAGCAUGCUGGUGGCUAUAAAUCCCUAUGAGAUCCUUCCCAUUUACACCAACAACGAGGUAGUUUUCUAUCGUGGCAAAAAGCUCGGGGAUCAUCCUCCGCAUAUUUUUGCAAUUGGCGACAAUGCCUAUCAGGACAUGAAGAAAACCAAAAAGGAUCAGUGCAUAGUGAUUAGUGGGGAAUCUGGUGCGGGUAAGACAGAAAGCACCAAAUUAAUCCUCCAAUAUUUGGCGGCAAUUAGUGAGAAGCACUCAUGGAUUGAGCAACAGAUAAUUGAUGCAAAUCCCAUACUCGAAGCUUUCGGGAAUGCAAAGACAGUGCGCAAUGAUAAUUCCUCGCGCUUCGGGAAGUACAUUGAUAUUCAUUUUGAUAUGAAUAAUGUGAUUGGUGGUGCAAAGAUUGAGCAGUAUUUGCUGGAAAAGUCGCGUAUUGUGCAUCAAAAUCGCGGUGAAAGAAACUACCACAUCUUCUACUCAAUGCUGGCUGGAAUAAGUAAGGAAGAGAAGAAGGAGCUAGAGCUGGAGGAUGCUUCCAAAUAUCACUACCUUACAAGUGGUGGAGUCACUACCUGCGAUGGUCGCAAUGAUGCAAAUGAAUUCGCAGACAUACGAGCAGCAAUGAAGGUUCUAUCCUUCACAAAUGAUGAUAUUUCAAACAUUUUUCGUCUUCUGGGAGCAAUUCUGCAUUUGGGAAAUCUCAAAUACAAAGCCGUCGUUGUACAAAAUCUCGAUACGAGUGAAGUGAACGAUCCUGUUAAUUCAUCGAGAGUUGCAUCCCUUCUUGGUGUGCAGAAGAGUCUCCUAACUGAUUCCCUGACAAGGAAAACUAUCAUAGCUCAGGGUGAGAGAGUUGUUUCAUCCUUGUCGAAGGAGGCCGCUAAGAAUGGACGGGAUGCAUUUGCAAAGGCAAUCUAUGGGAAGAUAUUCAUAAAGAUUGUCGAUGAAAUCAACAAGACCCUGUACACGUCUGAGAAGAGGCAGUAUUCCAUUGGGGUAUUGGAUAUAUUUGGGUUUGAGAAUUUUGAAAUAAACAGUUUUGAGCAGCUUUGCAUAAAUUAUGCCAAUGAGAAUUUGCAGCAAUUUUUCGUGAAGCACAUUUUCAAAAUUGAGCAAGAAGACUACACGAAAGAGGGCAUAAAUUGGCAGCAUAUUGCGUUUGUGGACAACCAGGAUGUCCUGGAUAUGAUUGGGAUGAAACCCAUAAACAUGAUGUCACUCAUUGAUGAGGAAUCAAAAUUCCCAAAGGGCACCGAUGUGACCAUGUUGGCAAAGCUGCAGAGCUCCCAUGAGAGUAAGACGAUCUUCCUGAAAUCCAAAUAUGAUCAAUCAACUGCCUUUGGGAUUCAACACUUUGCUGGACCAGUUUUCUACAAUGUUCAUGGAUUUCUGGAGAAGAAUCGUGACUCCUUCAGUGCAGAUCUGCGAGAAAUGAUCGAUAAGUCGAGCAAUCAAUUCCUCUAUGGGCUCUUCAAUCAGCCAGGUGAACAAAGUGAAGCAACAAAGCGCAAUGUAACCCUCUCAUCGCAAUUUAGGAUUUCUCUCGAUGCUCUCAUGCGGACACUCAUCGUAUGUCAGCCAUCCUUUGUGCGAUGCAUCAAGCCAAAUGAACUCAAGAAGGCAAAUCUCUUCGAUAGAGAUUUAUGCGUAAAGCAGUUGCGGUACUCAGGGAUGAUGGAAACGGCGAGAAUUCGUAGAGCAGGAUACCCAAUUAGGCACACCUAUAGGGAAUUUGUGGAUCGAUACCGUAUCCUAGGAUCGGGGAUUACCACUAAAACAGAUAUCCGAGUGGCAUCAACAAAAAUUUGUGAUCAAGUCUUAAAAGGCUCCGAAGAGGACUACCAAUUUGGCCAUACAAGGAUCUUCCUUAAGGACUCGCAUGAUCUCCUACUGGAGGAGAGACGUACAGCUGUAUAUCUCAGAUCUGUUUUAAUAAUUCAACGAGGCUUCAGACGGGUACUGUUUCGACGAUUUAUCAGGCGCUACCGAGAGGCAGCAAUUACACUUCAGAAGCACUGGAGAGCCCAUGGGUACCGUGCUCGUUAUCUCGUUAUGCAAAAAGGAUUCAGACGGCUACAGGCUGUACUCUACUCACGCCAAUUGGUCCAUGAGUUUGCACGGAACCGUGAGACAAUUGUACGCCUUCAGGCACGUUGCCGAGGUUUCCUAAUACGUCGAAAUAUUCAGGAGAAGAUCAAAGAAAAGGCCAAGCGAAUGAAGGAAUUAAUGUUGCUGAAGAAACAAGAGGAAGCGCAAUUCAAGAAGCUCGGACAGGCACAGUGGCAGGAGAUUGCAGAGGUCAAUUACAGAAAUCGCGUUGCGGAACUAUCAAAAGAUAUGGCUGUGGAAAGUGAGUCUCAAGUUGCACCACAAUCACGACAUUCCUACCGCGAUGAGGACAAUGAAGUGGUUGAUGCGGUAUUUGACUUCCUACCGGAUACAAGUCCUGAACCCCAGCCAAAACACCCAACUGCCCUAGGCGAAAAAGAUGAAUCAAUUGGAUUGCCAAGGAGCACACAGAGGCACGAGGAUUUAUCACACUUCAGCUUCCAGAAGUAUGCUGCAACAUAUUUUGUUAAUAAUGUAACAUCGCAAUAUAGCAAACGCAAGCUUCGCUCAUCGCUGCUGGACCUUCCGUAUCCAAUUGAUGAAAUUUCAGCUCAGGCCAUUUGGAUAACAAUUUUGCGCUUUAUGGGCGACAUGGCUGAGGCAAAGUAUGAAGAUGAAGAGGAACGACAUAUUCCCGUAAUGGCAAAACUCCACACAACCUUCAGCAGGAGCUUUGCAAAGACCCCCGAAUAUCGGGAGAUGAUGGAACAAAUGUCCGAAAGUAGGCAGCAGAAGCUCAUCAAUAAGACACUGAAGGGACGAUCAAAAUUGCCAGCUGAAAUAAAGCGUUUGGUGGAGAAUAAUGAGGAGAUGACGGUGUACCAGGAAUGGUUGAAUGCACGAAGUAGCAAUUUGGAUAAAUUGCAUUUUAUUAUUGGGCACGGAAUUCUCAAGCCGGUGCUGCGAGAUGAAAUUUUCUGUCAAAUCUGCAAGCAACUCACAAAUAAUCCCCAUCAUACGUCCUAUGCCAAAGGGUGGAUUUUGCUGAGUUUGUGCGUUGCCUGCUUCCCACCAUCAGAUAAAUUUGAGAUUUAUCUCAGGGCAUUUAUUCGUGAUGGACCAGAGCUAUUUGCACCAUAUUGCGAGGAGAGAUUGAACAGAACACUGAAGAAUGGUCCUCGUAGUCAACCUCCCUCUUUCCUUGAGCUGCAAGCCACCAAGAAUAAGUCUCCAAUGCACUUGAAUGUGAUGCUAAUGGAUGGAACAACACGUCGUGUUGAGGUUGAUUCAGCUUCAACAGCCCAAGAGGUGUGUCACGAAUUAUUCGUGAAUUUGGGCCUAAAGGAUACAUUUGGAUUUUCCAUUUUCAUCACCCUCUACGGCAAAGUGAUGUCCCUGGGAUCUGGGCGGGAGCACAUCCUCGAUGCCAUCUCCAAAUGUGAGCAAUACCUCAAGGAACAGGGUGGCAAUGAACGUAGUGCUCCAUGGCGCAUUUAUCUGCGAAAGGAAAUUUUCACCCCGUGGCACAAUCCAGGAGAAGAUCAAAUCUCCACGGAAUUAAUUUACAGACAAAUCUGCCGUGGGGUGAGUUGUGGUGAAUUGCGGUGCAAGACAGAAAAUGAAAUUGCAAUGCUGGCUGCACUACAGUUCUACAUUGAGAAUGGACAUGAAAUGAAUAUUGGAAAGCUACGUGAGGCCAUCCCGAAUAUCCUGCCGAAAGAUCUUGUCAAUGAGAGGAAUAUUUCCAAGUGGGAAACUACCAUUGCGAAGGCAUUCAAGCACAGCAAUCGCACGAGAGAACGUGCUUCGGCGAUUGUUGUGAAGGAGGAUCUCGUGAUAUUUGCCCUCAUCAACUUCACAAUGAUGUUCUCUCAAUUCUACGAAGCUGUCCUCGUGGAAGGAUUUCAGACACCUGAGAAAAAUCUCGUUAUUGCCAUUAAUUCAUCUGGUGUGUACAUUUUGAAUGAUCAAGAACAAGUCUUGGUGGAAUUGUCCUUCACGGAGAUACUAGCAGUUUCCCAGAGGAUCGGGGAGAAUAACAUAGAUGAGCUCAUUAUUUCAACACUUCACAAAGUUGAAUUUAUCUUCCAAUGCUAUGAAUCAAGUAGUGUUGUCGAUGUGAUACAAUUCCUCAUUCAAGGAUUGAGAGAAAGAUCAUCCUACGUGGUUGCAGUGCAGAAUUACACGCACACCGAUCCUACGGAUGAGUCCUACUUGAAAAUCCUCAAAGGUGAUCUCAUUAAAUUGGGUCUUGGCUACAGUGGGCAGAGUCUCCUAAAUGAUGAAAUUACAUGGGCCUAUGGGGAGUGCAACAAGAAGACAGGAGAAUUCCCAACUGAUGCUGUCUAUGUUCUACCCUGUAUGGAACCUCCCUCGCAGGAAAUUCUAGAUUUAUUCAGGAUGACCGGAAUGGCUAAGGGAAAACCACAAUUAACUGCACAUCUCGAUGCUAAGGAGAUGAGAAGAAUGCAUACCCUGGAGAAAUUUGCAGCGGAACACUUUAGAUCGAACUUUGUAUCUGCCAGCAGCUCCAAUGUGCUAACUUCAGUCCAUCAGAAUACAUCGGAAAUUCUUUGGAAGCACACGAGAGACCCAAUGAAAGCUCCCCUAUUGGCAAAACUCCAGAGAGAUCAGGCACGAUCAAAUCAAGCUGUUGUCAUCUUCCAAACAAUUCUACGCUACAUGGGUGAUUUGCCAAAAGGUCGUGGCCCCAUUGACACUGAUAUCAUCUUCACUCCCGCUAUAAAAGAUGAAAUUUUGCGUGAUGAAGUCUUUUGUCAAAUUAUGCGACAACUCACGGCAAAUUCCAUACAGAUUAGCGAGGAAAGAGGAUGGGAUCUCAUGUGGUUGGCAACGGGUGUAAUGCUACCAAGUUCACUUGUCCUUAAGGAACUCACGGAAUUCCUGAGAACACGAUCACAUCCCCUUGCUGGUGAAUGUGCGUCGCGUAUUAAGAAGAUCACAAAGAGUGGUGCCCGACAGUACCCACCGUAUAUAAUUGAAGUGGAAGCAAUUCGAUGCAGAAGUAUGCAAAUCUUCCACAAAAUCUACUUCCCCGAUGACACAGAUGAGGCAUUUGAGAUUGAAUCUUCCACUAAAGCGAGUGAUCUGUGCAAAACAAUUGCUAAACGCUUGGAAUUGCAAUCUCACGAUGGUUUCAGCUUAUUCGUGAAGAUCCUCGAUAAGGCAUUCUCCGUGCCCGAAGAGUACUUCCUCUUUGAUUUCAUCUACGAACUCGUUGAGUGGACAAAGGCAACACUUUCACGUUCGGGUGAUGGACAAAUUUUGUGUCAAUACCAAUUGUUCUUCAUGAAAAAAUUGUGGAUUAAUAUGAAUCAAAAAGAUCGCAAUGCUGAUCACAUUUUCUACUUCCCACAAGAAGUCCCGAAGUUCAUUAAUGGCUACUACAGAGUUUCCAAGAAUGAAGUUAUCAAAAUUGGAGCUUUAAUCUAUCGUUCCUACUAUGGGUCAGACGCCUCUGGUUUUCAGCAUGGCUUUGCUGAUGUUCUUCCCCAAUUGAUACCUGAAGAUCAUAUUCCCCUCCACAAGGCUGAUGAUUGGAAGAAGAUGAUCCAAAGUAUGUACAAUUCACAAAAGGCAUUGGAUGAAUUUGCAGCCAGAGAAGAAGUCUUGCAGUACAUGAGGCAAUUCCCCACAUUUGGCUCGACAUUCUUCGUUGUGAAACAAUCCACUGAUCCCAACCUACCAAAUAUCCUCCUCAUUGCCAUCAAUCGCAGAGGAUUCCACAUUGCGGAUUUGAGAACAAAGGAUAUCAUUCAAAGUUAUAAUUUCUCAGAAUUAAGUUACUGGAGUUCAGGAAACACUUACUUCCACAUUCGCUUUGGAAACAUGAUGGCAUCAUCAAAACUCCUCUGUGAAACAUCACAAGGUUAUAAAAUGGAUGAUUUGCUGUCUUCAUAUAUUAAAUAUUUAAAAUCUAUUCAAUCAUACUAAAUAUUAUAUAGGUACAUAAUUCAAUGUAACUUCAUGAAAUUAUGUUAUAUAGCCAGAAAAAAAUCAAAUAAAAGUAUUACACAUAUUAUAAUAAUCAUUGAAUUCAUUAUAAAUUUUUAUGUAAUAUCAUUUAAUAAAAAUGUAUAAGAAAAAUAAUAAAAUAUUACAAUAUAAUAAAUUUGGGAAUGGAAUAUAAAAAAAA